AUGUCACGUUUCUUAUACGUACUUGUGGUGCUUUUCUUUGUCGGUACGGUUUUUCUUGUGAUGUAUGAGAAGAUUCCGGUUAUUGAAGCGUUCUGUAGCGUGUGUUCCACGGUUACUACUUUAGGGUAUGGAGAUAAGAGUUUUAACUCGGGGACUGGGAGGGUUUUCGCUGUGUUUUGGAUCUUGACGAGUACUAUAUGUUUGGCUCAGUUUUUUAUAUAUGUGGCUGAGUUGAAUGCGGAGAGUAAACAGAGAGAGUUGGUGAAAUGGGUUUUGACUAGGAGGAUUACUAAUAAUGAUCUUGAAGCUGCUGAUCUUGAUGAGGAUGGAGUUGUUGGGUGA